UUGGAGGUGUCUGGUGCUCGAUUGUGCCAAACCCACUCAUCUUCGCGACCUCGCAAGGCAGUUGUAGUUAUCCCGAGCUGUUUGAUCGUCGAAAGAUCGUCCCGAGAUCUGUGCGUUCCACGACUCCGGCGACCGUCUUCGGUAGCCGUCGUCUUGAUGGUUGCUCGUUCCACCGUUAACACCACCGCGUCCACAGUUCCACGGCUUCUUCCAUGUUGUUUUCGCGCCGUCGCACAAGUUCCUUGUCCUCUUUCUUACGCGAUCUGCGUUUACAUUUUUUCGAUUUGAUUACGAUUUACUUUGCGUGUUCGACAAUCGUGCGUUCUCGUUUCACUUGGAAAAUUCGUUUGUUUUCGAUUUAGUUAAAUUUUUUUUUUGGAUUCAAUCUAUUUUCACAAAACAUUUUUUUCCAUAAUUUUAUGCCUUCUCACAUUUGAGUGUUACGAUAAUGAUAACGAAUAAAUUAAACCGUCUGCCAAUUGCUAAUUUAAAGUUUUUCCCAUGAAGUAAUUGACUGUGUUAUUCCAAAAGUACCUAUAAACUUCCUACAAAGUACAAGUGUGAAUGGUUGUAUGAAAACAAAACAUUUGUCUGAGCUUUGAAAUCACUAAUAUCAACUGAUCAUUAAGCCAACCAUGAAAGAACGCUAUCGAAAACAAAAAUUUUUGAAAAAUGUUGGUCUACAACCAUUUAAAAUUCAGAGGCCUAUGGAAGAAGAACAUGAUACCAAUAUAUGCGAACGAGUAUGUUUUUAUUACUUUGAUGAUGAAUCACAAGUGAUAUGUCGCGGUUGUUAUAAAAGCUUUAAAACAUGGUUAAAUUUUCGAUUGCAUUUUAAUACAUUAUCAUGCCAUACAACUCAAACAAAUUACAAACUAAAUACUUACAACGAUGUUUAUAAAAAAUACAAGUUAAAGAAAGCUAAGACUAAGAAAAAAAUGAAUAACCGUUUAAGUGCUGCACAACUUAUGGAUUUGGAAACUUUGAACACUCGCAAAACAAGAAAAAGAUGUUAUCAAAACACUAGGGUGGUUGUGACUGCUUCCAAAUCUUCAUCAGACUCUGGUUCAAUAAAUUCAGAAAAAGCAACUGUAAAGACAUUAAAGAAAGAAGCUGUUGAAAUCGAUAUUAGUAGCGAUGAAAGUGUAGAGGAGUCAAAAACAAAACCAAAUGGUUGCGAUACUAUUGAAGUUCAAGACAUUCCAAGUAGUUCAAAAAUCAUUAUUCCAAAUUCACCUCAUGACAAUCAGACGACACUAACAGUUAAAACAGAAUGGAAUGCCGAUGACUUAUCACUGGUUUCUUCAGACGAUCAUUCAUCAAGCUCUGCUCAUUGUCCACCAAAAUAUAGUCCCCCCAAAAAUAAGGCAUUAAAAUAUCAGUAUGUUUGUGUUAUUUGUGAUGCACAAUUUAUGAGUAAAUGUUCACUUACGAUGCACCAAGUGCAGCAUAUAAAAUCAGAUCGCAGUAGUUACAGUGUCUUUAUGGCUGCAUUAACUCAAUCUGCUAGAGUGUAACGCAUCAAUAUAUAUUAUUUGAGUUAUGGUUCAAAAGGUAACUCUAGUCCCUAUAAUGAAGUAUCAAGUCCUAUUUAUUUAUUUAUGUAACAAACGUCUUUUAACAUAAACUGUUUGAUUGAUAUUUUAUGGUUGUACAAUUUUAAACCAAUUUUAAGAAAAUACAAUUUUAUGUUUGCAUAAUUUAAGUUAUUAUCAUUUGUGCAUUACCAUUAAAUUUCACAACUUAAUGUUGUGACCAUUAACAUCUGUCAAACAAUGUAUUGUAUUUACUUUUAUUUGAUUCCUAUAUUGUUUUUUUUUAUUUUAGACUAAAAUAAUUUUUACCUUAUUCCCACAAUUAAAUUGAGAUUUAGAACACGGAAAGAUAUUGUUUGGUUAAGCUAAAAGAAAGAAGAUAAAACUAGCAGAAUUAUUAAGCAUGUGCAUAAAUCAUAUCAAAUAUUAUAUGCAAGCCUAUUUUAUUUUUAUUUUUGAAGAAAAAUUGUCUAACCUAACAAUAUCUUGAUCUGAUUUUUCUGUAAGUCAGUGAUACUUUAAUAUAGGGUACUUUAAACUGUAAAGUUUGCUUUUUUUGUAAAAAUAAAAAAAACUUAUUAAUGUUUAAGACAAAUUUUUUUAUUUUCAGUGUACCUCACAUAAAAAUAAAUGAAAAUUAUUUUAU